AAAUGGGUCUUUAGAAACCACACUGUUUAACCAGCUUCAGUUUGCCAGUUAGAUUAAUUGCAACUUUUCUGGGAUAACUGAGGCAUCCCCAUAUAAAUGAACUGAGCGGUAUUUGAAACAAACGAUCUACAAAAGAUGGCAUCAAGCAGACUUUUGGCAUGUUACCACCAGGCUAUUGAGAUGCCCAACGUCACUCUCUGCACUCUAGAAGAGCCUUUACUGCAGCCGUUUUGGGACUACCUGCACACCAAUUACCACGACACCUUGAGAUCUCCUCUCUGCCCCAUCAUCCUCUCCGUGUCCACCUACUUCAUCCUGGUUGCUCUCUAUACAGUUCUGGAUGUCUUAGCUCAGAGGUGGCAUUGCAUUAACAAGUACAGAAUCCACCCAGAGAAGCCAGUAACCUGGAAGAAGAUCUGGAGAACACUGGGUCUCACCACCUACAACCACCUGGUCUUCAUCUUCCCUGCCUCGGUGUGUCAGUGGUACUGGAGGCCACCAACACCUCUGCCUAAAGAAGCACCGAGCCUGUCCCAGUUUAUGUUUGGCAUCCUGGCGUGCACCAUCUUGUUUGAUUGCCAGUACUACCUGUGGCAUAUUCUGCACCACAAAAUAAAGUGGCUGUACAGCACCUUCCAUGCCAUCCACCACGAGUUCAGUGAGCCCUUUAGCCUUGCCACGCAGUACCUCUCUGCCUGGGAGCUGAUCUCCGUGGGCUUCUGGGCCACAGCCAAUCCGAUCCUCCUUCACUGUCAUUGCCUGACCGCAUGGGUGUUCAUGAUGUUCACUGUCUGGAUCUCCACAGAGGAUCACUGCGGCUAUGACUUCCCUUGGUCCCUGCAUAACCUUGUCCCAUUCGGUCUGUGGGGAGGUGCUCUCAAACACGACUUGCACCAUCAGAAGCCUACCACUAACUUUGCACCUUUCUUUUCACACUGGGACUGGCUUGGUGGGACCAGUUCAGAUGCUUUUACAGCUAGAUCAAAAAAGUGAGAAUGAAUCCCUUUUGUCCAUUAGAUUUUAAACUUGCUAAUUAUUAUGUAAUUUUUUAACAUGGUUUUGUAUUUAACAUGGUGUUGUAGUUAACAUGAUUUACUUUAUAUUACUUCUCUAUACUACCUUGCUUGCAGUGGGCAUUUAAACUAGCAUGUUUAGUUGAUUGAUCUUAUGUUUGCUGUUCAACUUACUAAUGCAGUAAUUUCAUAUAAACUCAAUAAUUUAGUUUUACAGGGUAUUUCUAGACUAGAUUUACACAUACAUUUAUUCAU